GAGUCUGGAUGUUGAAACAUGAUCUGAGUUAAGGUGCUCUUGAAACCUUUAUGUUUUCUUUAAAGGGCAGUGGUGUUUUUGAAUUUGUCUUUUUGCACAAUGAUUACUAAAUAGCUCCUGUUGCAUUUGUUAGAUCUUCCGGACACAUCUGAUGAGGCCCUCCGCUCACUCGCUUGAUUCAUUCAGAGCUGGGUUUAAAAAUGGACACUUUUGUCCUCCAGGCUCUUGAGGCGGAAGAGAUAAGAGACUGUGCGAAGGCCUUUGAACCACAAAGCUUCUGUGACAAGUUCAACUGGCCUUUUAUUUUCUGCUUUGCAUUGAAAGCUAUCAAUUCCUUUUCUCUUCCAGCUUACCUGUCCAUUCCCAAUUUAUAGCAGCCUCUUUGAGCUUACAUGUGAUGUUCCGCCGUAACACCGUGGAUGAUACUUUUUUUCUCUCUGUAUCACAGCCUGCACCCUCCCGCUCCCUUCCAUUUGCAUGGCAACCCUUCACCAAGCAGCUGCCCAUUUCUUUCUUCAUGUUGAAUUCUAAUCAUUACUUUCAAAGGAGAAGGUCUCUGAAGCUCCUUUAUCAAGUGCUUGCACUGGGAGGAGACAAGCUGCUGUCCAACACCCACUCAGACUUCUCUUCUUAAGAUUUCUGCAUAUGGGGUGCACUACUUGUUUGCAGCCUGCUUCUUCAUGUUUGGAUAAACUAGCAGAUGGAGGAGGAAGUGACUACUGACCCUGAAUAAUAAGUUCGGCUCUUUAUCAAGCCUACAUUACCAGCUUUACAGUGACACCAUGAGGUUGAUUCUGGUUAAACCCACCAAUGCAACGCGGCGUCUUGACUCAACAGGCGAAGUCCUCCGUGAUGGGGACCGUGAACAUUGUGCCUCGGGAGGUCCUGAGGAGAAGUAUGACUUAUACUCUGGAACCUCAGGUGAAACAUCUUCACCCUCACAGGAAAAGAAUCAGUGCUUUACUUUGCCUUCACUCCAUGAAAGAUCUAAUGGGGUUAGUCCACCAAGAGGUUCAGCCAAAAUGUCACCACUGAAAAACCAAAACCUCACCUUAUCACAGCUGAGUGACCAGGACUGGCUGCUGCUUUGUGGCCAGGUAAGUAGCGAAGGAGACGAUCCACCCCCAUCACGAAAAACAGGGACCACUGUUGGACAUCUAAACCACAAUGAAAGAUGUGGAUGCUCCUGUCCUGAUGCUCCCCCACAUUCGGAGGCUUCUAGUUUUCACUCACAACCAAGGCAGGGCACAGUUCAGGAUGGCCUCUCAAGAGUAACAAAUAAGAAAACCCUUUCAUCAUCUCACGCACAGCCUCUCGGUCAAAACACCCACAUUUCUACCACCUGCCAGGUUUUUGAACGACAAACAAAGAAAGAAGAUCUUCAGAAACACACAACACGCUAUCAAAAGGACAUGCCUUACGGCGCUGAUCAAGAAGUUAGAAAAGAACAGCGUAGCAAUCAUUUGAAACUCAAAGACAGCAGCCGACUAACUCGUACAAAUUUGUUUAACAUUCCUCCAAACUCCAUUGACUGUGCCACAACAAAUAUGAAACUUCAACAACAGCCUCAUGCUGCAGUUAGUGCAGACAUCAGCUGGAGAGAGCUUUUUGGUAAAGAGCCCCUGUUGAUUCAGCAACGUCAAAAGAAAGACUCCAAGUGCUCUACAGCUGGUGAUCAAACCUUCAUGUCAUCUGGAUAUCCAUCCUUCAUGCUCAAGUGCCGUCCUCUCCCUUAUAGUCGUCCCACCAGCACACAGUGGGUGAACAGGUCAUCUACACCUUUCAGUCAGAAAAGUGUCAAGUCUAUAUCCACCAGUCAGUGUAGCUCACUGGAGAACCAGGAGGUAGUGGAGGGGAGAACAAGGCAGCAACAAAAUCAGGCAAACUCUCAGCACUUCAGUGGACUCAAACAGCCCCCCAUUAAACACUCUCCUCCACUUCCUGACAAUUUAGAAACUGAAAACAUACUAAACGGGGAUACAGUUAGACCCCUCAGCAGUCAGGGUACUUUGAGAUCUAGUCUUUCAGAUCUUCAAUCAGGUCAGCAGCCUCUUCAGCUUCUUCAUAGUACCAUCCUCGAGGAUGCCUUCUCCAAAGUCAUUAGAGAGGACUCCAGUAAGGCCAACAGUGAAAAUCUUAUCAGAGAAGAAAGUAGAAUGCCACAGAAGAAGACCAAGGACAUAAGCUACCGGCUGGGACAGAGGAGAGCGCUUUUUGGGAAACGGAAACAACUGAGCGAUUAUGCGUUAGUCUGUGGGAUGUUUGGCAUCAUCGUCAUGGUGAUUGAGACAGAGCUGUCAAGAGCAUUUUACAGCAAGGAAUCUAUUUAUUCAUAUGUACUAAAAGGCCUAAUCAGUAUUUCUACUGCCAUUCUUCUCGGACUCAUUCUGAUGUACCAUGCAAGAGAGAUCCAGCUCUUCAUGGUGGACAAUGGGGCAGAUGACUGGAGAAUAGCCAUGACCUUUGAGCGCAUCUUCUUCAUUGCGUUGGAGCUUCUUGUCUGUACCAUCCAUCCGAUCCCUGGUCGGUAUGUGUUCACCUGGACUGCUCGACUGGCCUUCAGCUACACUGCAUCAAUGGCAGACGCUGAUGUCGACAUCAUCCUCUCAGUGCCAAUGUUCCUGCGCCUGUACCUGAUUGGGCGGGUCAUGCUGCUCCACAGCAAGUUGUUCACAGAUGCUUCCUCGCGCAGCAUUGGGGCGCUCAACAAGAUCAGUUUUGACACUCGUUUUGUCAUGAAGACUCUGAUGACCAUCUGCCCUGGCACAGUGCUGCUGGUCUUCAGUGUGUCCUGUUGGAUCAUAGCUGCAUGGACCGUGCGUGUAUGUGAGAGGUAUCAUGAUUCGCAGGAAGUAACCGGCACCUUCCUUGGAGCAAUGUGGCUGAUCUCCAUCACCUUCCUGUCCAUUGGCUAUGGGGACAUGGUCCCUCACACCUACUGUGGAAAAGGGGUUUGCCUCUUAACAGGAAUUAUGGGAGCAGGAUGUACAGCCUUAGUGGUAGCUGUUGUUGCAAGGAAGUCAGAGCUCACCAGAGCUGAGAAACACGUUCAUAACUUUAUGAUGGAUACACAGCUCUACAAAAAGAUCAAAAACACAGCAGCAAAUGUACUGAGGGAGACGUGGCUCAUCUACAAAAACACCAAGUUGGUCAAAAGGAUUGACCAUGCCCGCAUACGUCACCAUCAGCGUAAAUUCCUCCAAGCCAUCCACCAACUGCGAAGAGUCAAAAUGGAGCAAAGGAAGUUAACUGACCAGGCCAAUACAGUUGCUGAUCUUGCUAAGACUCAGAACAUGAUGUAUGAUCUAGUGUCAGAGCUGCAGCACCGAAGUGGGGAGUUGGACAGGAGGAUCAUAGCUCUGGAAGAGAAACUGGACUCAAUGCUUCUCGGUGUGCAGUCGCUACCUGUUGUGCUCUCUCAAGCAAUAACAAAGAUACAAAAGGAUUUCCUGGAUGACUUGGCUUGUCGUGUUCACUUCCUGUCAUCCUCCCUGAGCUCUGAGUGCUGCUCAGUGCCUGCCAAGCAGCUCUGUCCAGGGUCCACCACACCAGAGACACCAUACAGCUGAUAGAGCUCACUCAGUGUCAUUUGUGUGUAAAAUAAUGAACAACUCCAGGGAGAGGGGAAGUAAUUGUACUGGUAUUUUAGAAGAAGGGAGGAGUCUUCAUCCUCUCAUCAGGGUUUCACAAAUAGUCCAGAGACUGGGUAGCCACAUCUUAAACCUUAAAUAAAUAUAUUUAUUAUUCAUUUAUUUUAUUUUUGGUGGGAGUCUUAGGUAGACCUUUCUCUAUAAUGUUUGAGCCUCUAUCCAUUAAGCUUCACUAAUGAAAAUUCUUGAUGUAUAACAAAAAACACUAAUUAUAUGGGCCACUAGCUAUCAUGCAG